UGCCCUUGCUUUGCCCUUAAGGCCGCGGAGCUGCCCGCGCCUCGUCCCGUCCCGUGCGGGUAGGGCGGCAGCCGCCGUGUCCCCGCUGCCCCCGCCGCCACACACACCGAGCGCUCGGCCGGGCGGAGGGCCGGGGCAGGCGGGGGGAGGUGUGCGUCUGUGUGUGGGGUGGCUGCAGGAGCAGCUGGGCCACACAGCUGAACAACCCCUCUCCUAAUAAAGCGAUGGGGCGCGGGCCGCGGCGCCGCGCUCCCCGCGCCCUAUAAAUAGCCUCCGUGCGCGGCCCGCGGGUUUUGGCCGGCGCGGCUCUGCAGGCGGCGCGGCGCAGCGGAGCCGAACCGAGCUGAGCCAGCGCAGCCCCGCGCCCCAGCGAGAUGCCCCGGGUAGACGCAGACCUCAAACUGGACUUUAAAGAUGUCCUGCUCAGACCUAAAAGGAGCAGCCUCAAAAGCAGAUCAGAGGUCGACCUCACGCGCACCUUCACCUUCCGGAAUUCCAAGCAGACCUACACAGGGAUUCCCAUCAUAGUGGCAAACAUGGACACUGUGGGGACGUUUGAGAUGGCUGUGGUGAUGGCAAAACAUGCAAUGUUCACAGCGAUUCACAAGCAUUAUUCACUGGAAGAAUGGAAACUGUUUGCUGCCAAUCACCCAGAAUGCCUUGAGCAUGUAGCAGCAAGCUCAGGUAGUGGAAAAGCUGAUUUGGACAAGUUGACAAGUAUUCUAGAGGCCAUUCCACUGAUCAGAUACAUCUGCCUGGAUGUGGCAAAUGGCUAUUCAGAGCACUUUGUGGAGUUUGUGAAGUCCGUCCGUGCCCUGUUCCCACAUCACACCAUUAUGGCAGGCAAUGUGGUCACAGGAGAGAUGGUAGAAGAACUUAUUCUUUCUGGAGCAGAUAUUAUUAAAGUGGGUAUUGGACCAGGUUCUGUGUGUACCACUCGGAUUAAGACGGGAGUGGGUUAUCCACAGCUAAGUGCUGUCAUUGAGUGUGCAGACUCAGCACAUGGCUUGAAAGGACAUAUCAUCUCUGACGGAGGCUGCAGCUGCCCCGGGGACGUCGCCAAAGCCUUCGGGGCCGGUGCCGACUUUGUCAUGCUUGGAGGAAUGUUUGCAGGCCAUGACCAGUGUGCUGGAGAGAUUAUGGAAAAGAAUGGCAAGAAGGUGAAACUCUUCUAUGGAAUGAGCUCUGAUACAGCCAUGAAGAAGCAUGCAGGAGGGGUUGCUGAAUACAGGGCUUCAGAGGGCAGAACUGUGGAGGUCCCAUACAGAGGAGACGUGGAACUCACCAUCCUGGACAUCCUUGGGGGGCUGCGCUCCACCUGCACCUACGUGGGAGCUGCCAAGCUCAAGGAACUGAGCAGGAGAACGACGUUUAUCCGGGUCACCCAGCAGCACAGCCAGGUCUUCUCUUAGCCCAGGACUGGGGGGCUGGAGAGAGAGAGAGAGGGGUGGGAUGGGGAGAGAGAGGAGCAGGAAGGGUCACUGAUUUGUUUUGCUUUCUCUUCCAUGUGUUAGUGGCAAACUCUCCUCUCUCUCUGGGGACAGCAGUGCCACGGGCCCUGGAGAGGCAGGUCGCCCUGUUAAUGCAGUGCCAUUGGUUCCAAAUGCCACAGCCUCAUCUUUCAUUCUUGUGCCUACUUGACUUUUUGAAUCAACAUUUCUCCACCCAUUUUUUUAUAUCCCCUCUGACAAAUUGCUGCUGCAGCCCCAGUUAACAAGGAACUGGCCUGCCCAGACAUGGCUGUUCAGCCUGCACUCGUACGCACAGUCCCUUCUGUAAGGCUGGCCUGCCUGGCCUGACCUCCAGCAGCUGCAGCCUGUGAGGGGAAAAGAUGCAAGGAAUUGGGUGGAGAAAUCUCAGAUUCUCUUAUUUUUUUUUGUUCUGGCCAAAAAAAAAAGGAUGUUUGUGUCACAGCUGCCAGCCUGCAGCACGUCAGAGGUGGAUGGUGGAUGGUGAGGCCUGGCUACUGGCCACUUCUUACUGUGAUGACAAAAAUGCCAGCUCUCUUCCCCUCUCAGCCACAGGGCUGGUCCUGCUGUUCCUAACUCUCCCUGUUCAAUGGACUUGCCUCUUGAGAGAAGCUGGCACUGAAUGUAGCAACCCCCUGCCCCUAUCUCUGGAGCUCAUUCAGGAGAAAACCUCUCAGAGCUUGCCUGCUUUCCUUGUGCAUGCAGUUAUUGAAUUACCUGGGCUCCUGCUUUUUACCUGCUCUCUGUCAAUAGAGUUCCAAGAAACCCAGCAACAGUUACCCCCCAGCACCAAGGAGGGAGUUCCUCUGCAGCCCUCCCUGUUCCCUUACCUGCUUUAGCAAAGAUUCAGUAACGCUGUGCUGUGUGUUGGCUGUGGGCAGGGAGCAAAUCCACUUGUGGUUAUUUGUUGGCACUCCUUUGCAGCCCUCCAGGCUGUGGGAAGCAGGAGAGAGCUUAAAGCAGAGCAGCUGAGAUGGCCUUCAAGCUUUUGCUCCAGAAGCAGUGCUGAACCUUUUAAGACUCUAAUAAAGUGUAAUGGCCUGCUAAUGAAUUGAUAAAUCACAAGGAAACUUCUUGGGAAAUACAGAUUGCUACCACAUGCCUUGUUAAGGUGGCUCCUUAGGAGAAACCAUGUAAAAGUGAGCUUUUGGCCACUUACUUCCAAGCACUGCUGAGAUGGCAACACAGCUGAUGGGGCUUCAGUGCUGCAGCCUUAACUGUCCCCUCCUGCACACACCUGUGGAAAGAGGCAGGCUGCCUUUGAAAAGACAAGGAGAGAGCUGUAGGAAGAGGAAUAGCAAAAAGAAACUUGACAAUUAAACUCAUAGGCUGGACUGCCGAAAAAGGCCAGCACAAGGAGAGGUUCAGUUCACCAUGCUGAGGAGCACAGGUAAGCCACAAGCUGACCCCUGGUGAUUUUGAAGUGUGUUGUGCACAUUGGAGAAAGCACAGAACAUCUUCCAAAUAGGCUGGUGUUUGCAAUGCCUUCCAUGUAACAGGCAGGACAUCAUUCUUAGUCGUGGCAUGAUGCCUUCCUCUGCUUUGGAGGUGGAGAAAGGCCUUAACAGCAGCACAACUGAUGCUUGUGGUGACUGUUUGUCCCACUCACAUCCCCUAAAGGGACCUGACCCUGGGAGAGGAGCAAACAGAGCACCUGACUUCUGUUCCCUCUAGCCUGAAAGCCUCUCACUAAGAUGUCAGGCUUCCACUCCACAGCCUCCCACCCUGGGUCACGUACAGGUGGUGUUAGUGCUCCAGGUCAGUAUGGCUGUGGGAGGUCACCCUCCUGCUCUGUGGGUGAGCUGAAGGGCAGAGGCAAGGCAGCAGACACACAUAAACUCACACCCACACUCCCUCUCAGGGCCCAGGCCUGGCCCAGCUGUGCUUCCUCACUGGUGCCUUCCCUCGUGAGCAAUGCGGCGGCGGCUGCGCUCUUGCAUUUCUACUUUGGUUUUAGCUACAUUUCUAAAUGGACUUUAACAAAUACAUAGACAUAUAAAUAUAGAUAUGAAAUAUAGAUUUGUAAGCAUUUUUUUACAAAGGUCACACACACACCAACCAGAGCACCUGCCUGACACAUCCUCGGAAUACUUUCUUUUCCAAAGGGCAGGUGCUGGGGGUAAGGGAUCGGGGGGGCUGCCUCUCCAGAGAUGGGGCAAACCUGACAGCCAGCCUGGCCUGGAGCCUCUUGCACUCCUACAUCUAGCUCUGACUGAGCAGGCACUCCCAGGAAAGGAUUCAGACAGGCUGAGCUCAAGUUGUCCCCCAGAUUCUCCAGGCUGUGAAUGACAUUGAUGCCAGUAGUUAGUUACUGAUGAAGCUUUGACUUAGGCUGUUUGGUUUUCUAACAGCAGCUCUUGCCAUUGUUUUGACAAGCAGUGUAUUUUCCUUCUGUUUCAUUUUCUUCUCUCUCUGAAAUGAGCAAGAGAGAGAAGUGGACUGCAGGAAGGCUGAGCUGGUGGCACAGCUGCAGCUCACCCAAAGCUAUUGGGCUUUGUUGAGGGAGAGCCCUCAGCAGUGUCAGCACUCACCAUUCCCACUCUCAGGCGGCACCCUCGGGGCUGUGCUCAUCUCCACAUGUCCCAGGGCCUGUGCUGGGCUCGCUGCUCCUCUGUGGGGCCUGUCCAGAGGAACGCUGAGGGUGUGAUGAGCUGUGCUGUUGGCUUAAUUCCCGCCUGCUUCCCCAGGCAGGCAGCUGUUGAGCCCCCAAGGGCAAUGCUGAGGUUGGGCCUGCUAUAAUAGAGUUAACAGAGCAAAGGCUGACAAGCAGGGAUGCUGAAAAGGCCAAUGGUACAUCACUGAAGCACCCCCUGCUCAGCCUGUCCAUCCAUAGCUUCUUGGGGCCACCCUGUAAAGAGGAAGAGCUGCAAGCAGGGGCAAGAGGAGCCUCUGCUUCCAUUUUGGGUGAGCUUUUCCCUUACAAAGCGUGCCUUCAGCUAGUCAGUAGCAGGCAGAAGGAUGGGGGUGAGCAAGAAACGCAGCAGCUAUGAGCCAAGCCCAGUGUGCUGGGACAGGAGCUGGUGUUUUUCAGUCAGGGACACGAUGAGUUUGAAGCCUUUUCUGACCCCAGCACUUCCUGUUCACACCAGUUGAGCUCCAGUGCGUCAAACAGCCCCGCUGCUGCUUUCUGCCAGGGUACGUGCAGCGUCUGUCCCUCGCCACCUCCCACCCGGGAGUGCUGCUGUUAACAGCCAUUUCAUACCAAAACUUCUUUGUUGGAGCCAGGAGGGCUUUUUGGGUUUGUUUUUUUUCCCGUGCCAGGUUUGGCCUUGCUUGUGUUGGAAGUUAAACCCAAACCCCCAACGCCAAGGCCCUUCCUUCCCUGCGGGGUGGGAGCUGCCCGGCGACGGAGGGGCUGCCGCGUGUGGCGCUGGCACAGCCCCUGAGCGCAGUGUGGACCACUCACCACAGCCUCUGCUUCGCUCCUGCUCGCUCAGGUGGCUCAGCCAGCCCUCCUCACCAUUCACUUGAGACAAUGUUCACUGGUUGAAGUUUCCCUUCCUAAGUCAGAGUCCCAGACUCCUCGGUGUUGCCCGCGGUAACCGUGAAGCCGCCUCUUCGGGGAGCUCUGGAUGUUUUCCUGCCCUUCAGAAGCUGUAAGUGGCAAAGGUUUUGUUAUGCAAUAAAGAGCUUCACUCUGAU